AUGGACCAAGAUUUUGGCAAUGACUUUUUCAAUCUGAACUCUACUGCUGAACUCCAGGAUUUGGGGACAAUCAAGGUCAUCCAGCAAACAACGUUGAUCAGUGCCACUGCAUCCUCUGCUUCUGUUUCAUCCGAGUCGGAUGACUGUGUUUCACUGGCAUCAAACGACACUAUACUGCUUUCAUCCCCCGAGUCUCUGUCAUCUCGAACCAAGCAGUGGCCAGAGGAAUUUCCAAUUCCUCAAUUUUCCUACGACACGGAGUUGCAGUUAGUGAAAGGUAAUUCUGAGUGCCAGGUUGGAAACAAGUUGUUUACCUUGAGCUCCCGAAUAAAAUCUGAUAUCUUGAAUAGAGUAGUUGAAGAAAUUUACCGAUAUAAGGCCUACCCGGAGGAUGCACAUUUCUGCACAGUUGCAGAGGCCUUAAUCAAAAAGCACCCUUGUUUAAAAGAGCCUGGCUCAUUCAAUGGCUGCUACGGCUGGAAACAGCGACUGAAGUACAAAAUGGGAAACUACCGGACUCAACUCAAAGUGCUGGGGUGUCCAGAGCUGUCAGUAAAUUCCCUGAGAUCGAAAUCAACGAUGGAUGCUUUCCCUGCUAAAAAGGUGAAGAGGCCAAAACGAGCCGAAGCCAACUUCUAUCCAUCCUUCCCUACUGGAGAAACUCAGGACAGCAUGGAAAAGGAGAGAAUAGAACUUCUGACAGAUGUCAAGAUGAGGAACAAUGAAAGGGUAAUCACGGACAAAAUGGCUUGCACGUUUGCCUACAGACGACAAGAGGUGGUCAACCAAGAACCCAGCAUUCAAGACUUUAAAGACCGGUGGCCUGCCUUGUUCCAUCAGAAAGAGAUCAAUGCAGAGUUCCUGAGGCUCAUGGCUGUUCCUCUUGAGGAUAUGUUCUUCGCCCAGUUGGACAUCCACUCAAGUCAGCUAAUCAGAGUCAUCCGUGCCAAAGGUGGAUCAACACGCCAAAAGAAUGCUGACAUCAUGGACAUUUUGGACCAGACUGAGGACAUUCAUCUUCGAAGGGAGUGUGUCCUGAAAGCCCUCAUCAUCUUCCUCGGCGAGGAUGCAGAUGACCUGAUCAAGGAAUAUCGUGACUCUGGACCAGAGGACAUUCAAAGGGAUCUGGAGCAUCUCACUGUGGCAGUGUUUGUCAUUCGAAAGGACGGGGAAGGACCGCAGGAGCCACCUGAAGACAUAGGCAUUGUCAUCGAGGGCGUGAAGAUGUUGCAUGGACUGACUUCAGUUGCCUCAGCUUGUGCCCUGCUUCUAGGUUUGCUAUAUGCACUUAACCUUGCUUAUCCCAAACCCCUUCGUUUUACUUUCGAAGUGCUCCAGAAAAUCAUCAUGCACCUUGAGCAACACAAGAUGUCCCCCAAAGUCCAAAAUCUGUAUGGCAGACUUCAAAGCUUGCAGUAAUGACACGCAUCACAAUUGAUUCCUUUUCUGGACCCAAAAAUGGCCUAGGGAAGAACAAUGUUAAAGGUAAAUAAAUCCGGUGUAAAGUGGAUCUGGGAUAUGUUUAAUAUGAUAACGAGAUGGUAUGUUCGUUUGGGAGAAAAAACGCAUGUAGACGCAUUCUUAAGUUGGCUGUUUUCAGCCGAUUCCACCAUCGGUAGAAUCCACGCUAUAAACUUGGAAUCAUGGGGGCAUCGUCUCAUGGUAAAAACAAAAUCACUAUUUUAAACCACUUAAAAGGCUAGAGGUAGCCCGACACUUCUUUGGUAGUAUAAUAAGGGUCUUAAAAUAUAAAACAAGGCACUGAUAAGUUUGUAAGUGUACAGAUUGUUUAUUAAAAAUGACAUUUUAUACACACAAUACCAUCAGUAGUUCAUCCUUCGACGCCAUUUUGUAUUUAAGACUCGAUAAGUAUCUUGGCGAACAUGGAGCAUGCGUAUUGUUCACGGAUGUCACAAGCUCUGUGUUCG